UUAAAUAUGUUAAUGAACAAGAUGCAAUCAUUGCUGCAUUAUGCCAUCGAUCAAUGAAGAAAAGUGAAACACCUCAUGCUCUUGAAGCAAAAAUCAAUCUUAUUACAACAAAUGUAUCAGCCAAAUGCUCAUGUGUGGCUGGCCUGGGUGGCUUCUGUCAACAUGUCAUAGGCUUGCUAUUUCUACUAGCACAUUGCAAACAGCUAGGACUGAAAAGUCUCCCAGAUGAACUUACCAGUACAAUGUUAUCUCAGCCAUGGCAUAUCCCAAGGGGUAAAACAAUCCAACCCCAGCGUACUGAUGAUGAUGUAUUGGUAAAAAAGCCUCAACAUGGAGCAAACUAUCAAAAAUUUAUUCAAAGUUCUAUCUACUCUCCAUCUCCCCACUAUCUUUUGUUGACAGGCCUAAAUGAAAUGGAAAAACUACAAGCCCUCAAACCUCAACCAUUACUUUUUUCUUUGCUCACUGAAGUUCUACGUGCUGGAGCUACCAGYAGUCCAAACAAAAUAUGGCAGAGUAGCRCCAAAGGAUCURUACUAUCUUAUCAACAGGAACUGACAUAUCUACAUAUGUGAUUAAACUAUGGCAAUACAGAAUAUCCUGACUUACCUAAUUUACUUUCACUUCAUYCUACUCCAACWAGAUUUUCUAAUAACAUAUCAGUUUGUCUUGAUUAUWUGAAGAAUGCUAAGCUCGAAUCUUUAUACAUCACUAAAGAAAUUGCACACAUGAUAGAAAACAAAACAAGAGACCAAAGUGAAAAUGCUCUAUGGCAUUCACUAAGAACGAAGAGGAUUACAGCAAGUAAUUAUGGAAGGGUUGCAAAAAGAAUUGCCAAUUUUGAAACUUUGAAAAAACAACUAAUGCCAUCAAGAUAUGUUCAAACAGCAGCAAUGAAGAGGGGAAUAGAAAUGGAGGCAACUGCAGCUGGGAUAUAUGCUACAAAGUUCAAGCAUGACAAAGUUUAUUUAUUUCCCUGUGGUUUGGUCAUUAAUCCUGAGUGCCCUUGGCUUGGUUGUACACCAUACAGAAAGGUUUUUGACAUUGAA